CUUUCUGUAAGAAAUUAAAAAAUCACGAUGGCACCUGGUCCCCGUGUUGAAACGAAUCAAAUUAAAUCGUCAGCUUUGGAGCUAAUAGGCAAUACUCCGCUCGUUGCUCUUGAUCGAUUGCACCCUGGACCUGGACGAAUUCUAGCAAAAUGUGAAUUUAUGAACCCGGGAGGAUCCAUCAAGGACCGAUCUUCUUUGUACAUGAUAAAUGCGGCUCUGAAGAACGGUGAGCUGAAACCUGGCAACCCGAUUUUAGAAGUGACAUCUGGCAACCAAGGCUGUGGUCUUGCCGUAGUCGCCGCUGUAAAAGAUCACCCUUUGACCAUAUAUAUGUCUGCGGGCAACAGCGAACAGAGAGCGAUACAAAUGCAAGCGUGCGGUGCGAAGUGUAUCCGAGUACCACAAGUUGAGGGUGUCUACGGCGAAGUCACUUAUGCUGACGUUCAAGCGGCGGAAGAAGAAUGUUUAAAAACCGUUGAAAGGACCGGCCACUUUCUUGUAAAUCAGUUUUAUAAUGAAGCGAACAUACAAGCUCACUACGAAAUGACAGGACCCGAAAUUUGGAGACAAACUGGUGGUCACGUGGAUGUAUUUGUAGCCAUGGCCGGAACGAGCGGUACUUUCUCGGGAACAUCUAAAUAUUUAAAAGAGAAGAAUCCUGCAAUUAAAGCCUACAUAAUUGAGCCAGAAGGAGCGGAGGCCAUAGCCGGCAAGCCCGUCUGGAAGGCGUGUCACAAGCUGCAGGGCUCCGGCUACGGCGUGGUGCCGGCGCUCUUCAAGUACGAUGUGAUGGAUGGAAUGCUUAGCGUAUCGGACGAGGAGGCCGUGCACUACAAGCGGCUGCUGGGCGAGAAGGAGGGGCUGUACGUGGGCUACACGAGCGGCGCCAACGUGGCCGCCGCCGUCAAGCUGCUGCAGUCAGGAAACCUGCCCGAGGACGCCUGGGUGGUCACCAUGCUCAACGACACAGGGUUGAAAUACUCGCCCACACCUGACGAAAUCAGAAGUGAUGAUAGUUAA